UAACAGCCAGCAGCUGACAGGGUGAUAAGAGGAGAGUUUAAAAGCGAUUUCAGAGAAGAUGGGAUCAUAACUUCGCAGUUUUACGAUACGCUAACAGGAGUGUUUGUGAGGGGAGUCUGACUCGGAGCAGCGGGCCGUAGUUUCGUGUGGUUUGUGUUUAGAGUUUUUGUAGAGUCGAAAAUGAGCAUUAAUACAGACACAAACACAGACCUGUACAGAGAAUGCAUCGGCGGAGACGCAGAAAGCAACGAAACUACUCCUUUAUUAACAAAUGGAUCAGUGCAGACCAGAACGAAAGGAGCCUCCUUCGCCUCCUCUGUCUUUAACCUGAUGAACGCCAUCAUGGGCAGCGGCAUACUGGGACUAGCUUAUGCUAUGGCUAGCACUGGAAUAAUUGGGUUUUGUAUCCUGUUGUUUAUGGUUUCCAGUCUGGCAGCGUACUCUAUACAUCUUCUUCUGAAGCUGUGUGACCAAACAGGUAUCAACUCAUAUGAAGAUCUUGGAGGGAGAGCCCUGCAAAAACCAGGAAAAACGCUGGUUGGCCUUGCUAUUCUCAUCCAGAAUAUUGGUGCUAUGUCGUCCUAUCUGUUCAUCUUGAAGUCAGAGCUUCCUGCAGCCAUCAACAGCUUCUUGAGCUCACACGGUCCAGGAGACGCCUGGUAUCAAGACGGCAGAUUGCUUCUGAUCAUUGUUACUAUCUGUAUUGUUUUACCUCUCUCUUUGCUGCCUAAAAUAGGCUUCCUCGGCUAUACCAGUAGUAUCGCCUUCUUCUUCAUGCUCUACUUUGCAGUUGUGGUUGUGGUGAAGAAAUGGUCCAUUCCAUGCCCACUGCCUCACAACAUGACCACGCCUGCAGAUAUGUUUCAGACAACAAACUCCUCUGGAUCAGAAUGCACACCAAAGCUUUUUGUCAUCUCCAGUAAGAGUGCCUACGCCAUCCCCACCAUGGCCUUCUCCUUUCUGUGCCACACAACCGUCCUGCCAAUCUACUGUGAACUGGACCACCCAACUAAAAAGAGGAUGCAGAACGUUACAAAUGUCAGCAUCAGCCUCAGCCUCUUGCUGUACCUCAUCUCUGCACUGUUUGGAUACCUCACCUUCUACGCUCAUGUGGACUCUGAGCUUUUGCUCAGCUACGACUCAUAUCUGCGUCAUGACAUCAUGGUGAUGACAGUCCGUCUGGCCAUCCUGCUCUCCGUGUUGCUGACCGUACCGCUCAUUCAGUUCCCUGCACGAAAAGCAGUGAUCCUGCUGUUGCGUGGAGAUCGACCCUUCUCCAUGCUGAUGCACAUCAUCUCAACUCUUGUCAUCCUGGGCGUGGUGCUGCUGCUGGCUGUCUUUGUGCCGGAUAUCAGACAUGUGUUUGGAGUUGUGGGAUCAACCACAUCCAGCUGCCUGUUGUUCGUCUUCCCCGGCAUUUUCUACCUCAAGAUCAGUGGUCGGCCCCUGAAAACCUUUGACUCCAUCGGGGCUCUUUUCCUGGUGGUCUUUGGAUUGAUUAUGGGAAUCAUCAGCCUCUCUGUCAUCAUCAUCACUUUUGUACAGAGCUCCUGACGCCCCCACCCCUUAUUCCUAAACUCAGCACGAGUAAAACAAAGGGAAGAGCAUGCCAAAGAAACUGAAUACUGGAUAAAGAAAGGAAACAGAUUUUAAUCCGCAUCACCUCAGGCAGAUUAUUUAUGGGAAGGUUGUUCUCGACACUAAAAUAUUUUUUUUUUCUUUGCUUUUAUCUCACAACCACACAAAAAUCGGUGCACGACAAUUGGCUUUGCCUUGUUUUUUUAACUUUUCUACACACUGUCAUUCAAUGCACACUUCAUGAAAAUCUGUUUUUUUGCCUUUCUUUUAGAGAAUAAGAUAGAUGAGGUUUAUUACUGAAGAGAAAUUGUAAGAAAGGGUCAAGCAUGUCAACAAUGUUUUUAAAUUUCUCUCCUUUUACUGUCUGAUAGACUUUGUACUGUCCUGUGUGGAUGACCAUGCACUUUAUGUUACUCUAUCUGCUUUCAUUUAAGAAAGCUGUUGACCAAGUUUGAAUCAUAACUGUCAGGUUUACCACUUUAUCAUGUUAGGUUUGCUUCAAAUUUGCAGACUUUGUACAUCCAGUGAGUAAUAUAGCUCCUGGAAUAAGAGCGAAGUGUUUUGAUUUUCUUUGUUUUUUAUUUUUCUUUUAAUCUUGUUUUUAUUUAAUUCGUGCAGUGAUUUUCCUCACAGCUUAGAGUCUGAACCUCAGGUAUAGGUGUUACUGCUGCUACUUAUAUUCUUGAGCUUUAAUGAAUGUGACAAGAAGUGAACAUUAGGCUCAUCAAUUUUUAAACUGAUCAGGUUUUGUUUGAACCAGUUGGUUACAAUGAUCUCCAUGUGGUCGUAUCGUACAAACGGUAUCAUGUUCAACUUCAUAUUACAUCCAUUUAAUAAAAGGGAAAUUCUUUA